GAAUUGUACAUGGUACAACAGAUGUUGUGGUCUUUGAACCAAAGGCACUCAUUGAACAAGAUGUGGUGAAGCUUAUAUUUGAAUUAAAAAAGGCAAGUUGUUUGACUAAUGGUGACAAAGCAGAUUUUGGCUUUAUUUAA